AUGUCCACCACCACCGCCCGGACAAAGCGCUCGGCGUCCAUGCCCCUCCCCGGCGCCAGCAAGGGCAGGGACCCCUCCCCCGCCCCGGCGCCCGGCGGGCGCGCGCGGCUCCUCGACGAGAAGGCGCGCCAGCUGCGGGAGCUCUUCCUCCGCUUCGACCUCGACGGCGACGGGAGCUCACCAAGCUGGAGCUGGCGGCGCUCCUCCGCUCCCUGGGCCUUCGCCCCGCCGCCGGGGACGAGAUCCACGCGCUCAUCGCCGCCAUGGACGCCGACGGCAACGGCACCGUGGAGUUCGACGAGCUCGCCUCCUCCCCUCGCGACGCUGCUCCUGGGCCCUGCCGCCCCGCCGUGGAGAUACAGAACUCUAAAAAUUGGAGUAAAAAACACGGUGCUGGCCUCCAGCUUCACCUUUUUUUUUUUGAGCGGAGUACUAAGAGCUAAGAGCGUUUGGGAACGCAGAGCUGGAACGCAGCCGAAAAAUGGGACAAAUGAACUUCCAAUGCGUACCGUUAGUUACGUGACAAAUGAAACCAAAGACAGGAACGAGCCAUGUGUCCCUCUAGUUAAGUGA